CUGUCCAUGACAUUCAUUUCGUGACUUGACGUCUUCGUUCUUUUGACUUGCGAGUCGAUUCCGCUCUUUUGUGAAGUGCUUGAUUGUGCUUGAUUCACUUCCGUCUUUUCUAUCAACGACAGCAGAUUCCAAGUAGAACUUCGGCCAUCAUGCGUCUCCCUUCGAAUCUCGUUCCGUUGGUGUCCAUCUUCUUCCCGGACUCGCCGUUGUUGCCGUCCAACUCUACACAGUUUGCGUUGGAGUCGGGUUCAGCGACACUAUCAGCGACACUAUCAGCGACACUAUCAGCGACCCUACGAGCAUCAGUCUCAACAAAACUUUCAACAACGCUCUCAGCGACCCCGUCAGCAAAGUCCUCGGCGAUACCAACAACAAUCUCAGUCGAACCCUCACUCACAUCCACAACCCCCUCCGCCACCCCCUCCGCAACCGCACCCGCCGUCCCCGCCGCCAAACUCCUCCUCAGCAGCGCGGGCGCCUACGCCUCGUCCCUGCGCGCCACGUACCCGGACCCCGGCCUCGCCCUCUUCGCCGAGCCCAUCUGGUGGUGGCAAUCCGGCUCCGGCGUCGACGCCCUGCUGACCUACACCGCGACCACGGGCGACACGCAGUACGCAUCCCUCCUCUCCAGCACGCUCAUCACCGAAGCCACGCCCGCCAACGACUUCAUGACCGUGCACGCCACCGGCAACGACGAUCAGGCGUGGUGGGCGCUCGCCGCGCUGACCGCCGCGGAAACCGGUCUCGCGCCCGCGGGUCCCGUGCCGUGGGCCACGCUCGCCCAGAAUGUGUUUGACCUGCAGACCACCCGCUGGGACAACGACAAGUGCGGCGGCGGCAUGAAGUGGAAGGUGCUCGAGGGCGACGGCACGGACGGGUGGCACUACAAGUCGACGAUCGCGAACGGGCUGUUUUUCCAGCUCGCCGCGCGGCUGGCGCUGCACACCAACGACGCCAACAUCACCGCCUGGGCCGCCAAGAGCUACGACUGGACCGUGUCCGUUGGGUUGAUAUCGCCCGACUUCGACGUCUACGACGGCACCGACGACGCCAAGGGCCCCAACGGCUGCGUCGACGUCAACCACAACAUGUGGAGCUACAACGUCGGCGUGUUCAUGUACGGGGCGGCUGUGAUGGCGCGCCUGACGGGCGAAGAAGUGUGGCUGGAGCGCACGCGGGGCUUCAUCGCAAGCGCGGCGCGCAACUUUGUCAAUGCCGAGACAGGGGAGCUGUGGGAGGCGCGGUGCGAGGGCGACGGCAGCUGCGACUCGGAUCAGGUCAGUUUCAAGGGCACGCUGGCGCGCUGGCUGGGGGCGACGGCGGAGAUGGUGCCGCAGCUGCGGGACAGCGUGGUAGAGAUUGUGGGCGGGGCGAGUAGUAUGGCGACGGCGGGGACGGCGGAGGGGUUGGGCGCGAUUGCGGCGUUCAAUCAGCUCGAGAUGGCGAGUGCUGGGCUGCGGGUGCAGGGGUACGGGGGCAAGGAGGGGACGAUUGGGGCGCGGCGGGUGCGCGGUGUUGCUGGGAGAGUGAAGUGGGAGAGGUGAAGUGGUGUUGGUGCGGGCAUGGAAGCGCCCGAGGCC